AUGUGGAAAGGCCACCAGACUCUGCUCUUGGUGGACACCGGGUGGCUGCAGAUUCUAGCCCAAGCCAAGCCCUUCAGCCGAGGCUGUGGUGCCCGUUUUCUCCAGGACACGCUGGACGCCCUCUUCAAUAUCAUGAUGGAGCACUCUCAGAGCAACGAGUAUGACAUCCUCGUCUUCGAUGCCUUGAUCUACAUCAUAGGACUCAUCGCUGACCGGAAAUUCCAACAUUUCAACACCGUCCUGGAGGCCUACAUCCAGCAGCACUUCAGCGCCACCCUGGCUUACAAGAAGCUGAUGACUGUGCUGAAGACAUACUUGGACACUUCCAGCAGAGGGGAGCAGUGCGAACCCAUCCUGAGAACACUGAAAGCCUUGGAAUACGUGUUCAAGUUCAUCGUUCGGUCAAGGACAUUAUUUUCACAUGCCAACCACACCAUGCCCACCACACAGUGCCCGUCACACCAUUCCCGCCACACCACGCCAUACCGCAGCUCCUGGGCUAAGCUGCCAGUGAUUCAGGCAGAGUGA